AUGUUGAAAAAAUCGUUCUUGGGUCUGUUCGUAGGACUAAUUCUGAACAUUGCAAUCAGCAAUGCGAAAGUAGUACAAAGAAUAGUCGGUGGCAAUUACGCUCCACAGGGGAGAUUCAAACAUCAAGUGUCUCUUCAAAUGAUUGGACAGGAUUGUACUUUUCACCAAUGCGGAGGCAGCAUCAUCGAUGCUAUCCACAUAAUCACGGCUGCCCAUUGCGUCAUUAAUGAUAAUCAAGAAUUUCAGAAUUAUAAUAUUACCAUUAUGGCUGGCAUGACAGAUCUGCGUAACAAAAGCUCUGGCAUUUAUCGCGACGUCGAAUACACCAUCGUACCUACCUCUUACCAAACUUCGAAGGGUGCUGUUGACGAUGUAGCCAUUUUGAGGUUGAAACGCCCUUUGCCUCUCAAAAGUGAAAGUCGCAGAAUAAGGGCCAUUAAUUUACCCGCGGAUGACUAUCGAUAUAUGCCGCCGAAUACAAAACUCGCCAUCGUAAGUGGUUUUGGCAGUUUCAAACAAAAUUGGAACGCACAAAGUGGCAAGAUAGAGUCAGGACCGCUCAGUCCACGUUUGAAGUUUGCAACUGGAUUGAUUAACAAAAUUGAACCGCAGUUCGGCUGUAGAGACGCGGAAGUCUGCGUCCUAAACGAUAACUCGCACGGAGCAUGUCACGGUGACAGUGGCGGUCCACUCAUCGAUCCAUCUACAAAUACCCUGAUUGGCAUCGUCAGUUAUUCAAAUCAUAAAUGGUGUGGAAGAACGACCAAAUACACUAGAGUCUCAUCCUACCUGGACUUUAUCAACAAAGUUAGGGCGGGUGGAUUGAUGGACCGUAAUUUCAUUAGCAUCCUUCAUCAGAAUUUUGAUAACGAAAAAAUUGUCGGGCAGUUACCUUAUUGCACUUAG